AAGGAUUUUUAUAUCCUACAGUCUGUCCAACGAGAUAAGGCAAUGACAUUCGAGUAUCAGUCAACAGUUGUAGCCACAGUAAGUCAAAGUCUCGUUUCGUUGGACAUAAGGAUAUAAGUACGAUUACAUCAAUGAGUGUCAUUACAUGACGUUUUAAUUUAAGACCUCAAUGUAUCAGUUCCAUUGACUGUACAAAUGAAUAUGUAACAACUAAGUACUGAAUAUAUAUAAAUUUUAUCUCGGAAAUUUUACUCAACGAAUCUUGAAACUCGAUUUUCUCGAAAACAAAAUCUAAAGCGAAAAGAUUAUGUUAUUUUCUUCGAUUUAUUUUUGCAUGUAAAACACCUUUCUGGUCAGUUGUGCCACCCGUUUUCAGGCUCUAUACAAAUUUCGAUAGAUAUACCAUGACCCUAGACCCAUAAAAUAUGCGCGGGAACAGUACAGCAAGAUAACCAUAAAAAACCUUAGAAUGGCACAACGUAGUAUAACGUUAUUUUUUUCGAAAGCAAGUACGAAAGAUAAGACUGAAUCUAAUAAUACAAGGUACGUGGAUUAUUUUAUCCAAGUACGAUUAUGUAUACUCGUAUUACGUUCAAUUUGAGAUCAAUUGUAUUCAAUAAUAUUUAUUCGCGACCUGUGAUAUUUUUAAGUAAACAAUUCCAAUUGAAUGCUUUUUUCCCUAUUGUAAAUAAUGUUCUUAAUCGGAUACUCGCUAAUAGCAAAAUUGUAAAGAAUGGAGACCAAAGCAAUUCGGGAAACCCUAAACGAAAAAGAGACGAUAGUGGAGAUAGCAGUGAAACUGCCAGUUCACCUAUUGGAAAUUCCUCAAGGAAGAAAUCAGUCUCAAAAUCUCCUUCACUACUGAAGAAAGUAAAUGGAACACCAAAAAUUAAGCUAUCACCAACAGUAACAACUAUGGAAAAAGAAAAAAGAAAAAGCAAAACUCCACUUACUGCUACUAAAAAGAAAAGAAAAGUCAAUGAAGUAAAAAGUACCCCUAAGAAGAGCGAUGCAAAGAAGAAAUUGAAAGAUCUGUCAAGUGAUAAGGACCAGAAAGAAAAUGAGUUAACUGUAGAGAAAAAAACAGAAACAAGUGAUGGAUUUGAAUCUUCAAAGUCUUCGCCUAAGGAAUCUAAAACUAAAAAGAAUGUUAAAAAUAUUGAAAAGAAAGCUACUAAAAAAAGGUCAAGGAUAAUAGCACCUGUCGAUUCCAGUGACGAAGAAGAACAUAAUCUAUUGCCAGAGAGUCCCAAAAAAGCAAAUCUUGAUGUAGAGGAAAAUAACCCAAUUAAUGAAGAAGAAAAUUCUAAUGAGGAUGUUCUAGAUAUUCAAAAGGACAGCGAAGAAGAAGAAAAGAAAAAAGAAGACAAUAUAGAGAAGCCUACGAAGAAGAUACAUAAUUUUUUUGCUCCAAAAGAGAAAGAAAGUACAAACAAUACUGAUAAAGAUAAGAAAAAGUCUUCCAGUCACUCUUAUAAACCUAGUGCCUCGAAAUAUGACCCAAUAAAUGAUGCAUUUUGGAAACGGGGAGAAAAGGUACCAUAUAUUGCGUUGACACGUACCUUGGAAUUGAUCGAAGAUACAAGCGCUCGAUUAAAAAUAAUAGAAAUUUUAUCAAAUUAUUUCCGAUCUGUAAUAGUUUUAAGCCCAGAUGACUUACUUCCAAGUAUAUAUUUAUGUCUCAAUCAAUUAGCACCUGCUUAUGAAGGGAUUGAAUUAGGGGUGGCAGAAACAAAUUUGAUGAAAGCUAUAGCACAAUGUACUGGUAGAACAUUAGCUCAAAUUAAAGCAGACGUCCAAACAGUUGGGGAUUUGGGCAUCGUAGCAGAAGGAAGUCGUUCCAAUCAAAGAACUAUGUUUCGACCUGCUCCACUGACAGUAUCGAAUGUAUAUACUAGGCUGAAAGAGAUCGCACAAAUGACUGGUUCUGCGUCUUUAACCAAAAAAUUGGAUAAAAUUCAAUCGCUUUUUGUAGCGUGUCGUUUUACUGAAGCCAGAUAUCUGAUUCGGUCCCUAGCCGGCAAACUUCGAAUUGGUCUAGCAGAACAAUCUGUGUUACAAGCUUUGGCACUAGCAUGUACUAUGACACCACCAAUACAAAGUUAUCCACCGGAAGUUUUAGACGUGAGUAAGAAAAUGUCAAGCGAUGCCUUUAAACAAAAGUACGACGAAACUGCGCUUACUCUUAAAACAACAUAUUGUGAAUGUCCAAAUUAUGACAAAAUAAUCCCUGUUUUAUUAAAAGAGGGGAUUGAAGAAUUAUCAAACAAAUGUAAAAUUACACCUGGCAUACCUAUGAAGCCAAUGUUGGCACAUCCUACUAAAGGUGUGCAAGAAGUAUUAACGCGUUUCGAUGGGUUGAAAUUUACUUGUGAAUGGAAGUACGAUGGAGAAAGAGCGCAGAUUCAUUUAGCCGAGGAUGGUAAAAUUAAUAUUUACAGUAGAAAUCAAGAAAAUAAUACCAGCAAAUAUCCUGAUAUUAUAGGAAGAUUAAAAAAUACUCAAGGUGAAGAAGUUAAAAGUUGUAUCCUUGACUGUGAAGCAGUAGCUUGGGAUAACGAGAAUAAACAAAUCCUACCUUUCCAAAUACUCAGUACAAGAAAACGCAAGGAUGCGAACGAAGCAGACAUUAAAGUUCAAGUAUGUGUGUUCAUGUUUGAUUUAUUGUAUUUAAAUGGAGAACCACUGGUACAACAACCUUUCAUAAAACGUCGUGAAUUAUUGAAAAAGAAUUUCAAAGAAGUAAUUGGAGAAUGGAAAUUUGCAACUAGUUUAGAUACUUCGACUAUGGAACAAGUGCAAGAUUUCUUAGAUGAAUCAGUCAAAGGCAAUUGCGAGGGUCUUAUGGUGAAGACCUUAGAACAGGAUGCAACAUAUGAGAUUGCUAAACGUUCUCGGAAUUGGUUAAAAUUGAAGAAAGAUUAUUUAGAAGGUGUAGGUGAUACAUUAGACGUGGUUGUCAUUGGUGGCUAUAUAGGCAAAGGAAAAAGGACAGGAACCUAUGGAGGAUUUCUUUUAGCUUGUUAUGAUCAAGAGAAUGAGGAAUAUCAAAGUGUUUGUAAAAUUGGUACUGGAUUUAGUGAAGAAGACCUUCAAAAGCACACAGAAUUCUUCAAAGAACAUAUAAUACCACAAACUAAGUCCUACUAUCGUUAUGACUCGUCUCUCGAACCUGAUCACUGGUUCGAGCCAGUUCAAGUGUGGGAAAUUAAAUGUGCAGAUCUUUCUUUGUCACCUGUUCAUAAGGCAGCCGUUGGUAUUAUUGAUCCAGAGAAAGGAAUAUCUUUGCGAUUUCCACGUUUUGUCCGCAUUCGCGAUGAUAAAAACAAUGAGGAUGCUACAUCAGCGCAACAAAUUGCAGAUAUGUACAAUAGUCAAGAGCAGAUAAAAAAUCAGACAUCAUCAACAAAAGUAGCUGAAGAAGACUUUUAUUGAAUCUAACGUUUUAUUAAAUUUGCGUUAUGCGGAUAAAAUAUGCCUUCAUUUUUUUAUAACGUGGACUGUUUUAUAAUGUAUCAACAAUUGAAAUAUUUUGUAUGUAUGUUGUACUUUAUUUGAUGAUUAUUGUCUCAAUAUAUGUACUUUAUUUACACAUACUACAAAAAAUUGUUUUGAAUUUAUAGAUUACUAUUCAAUAAAAACAGUUUGUUAUAUCUCUGAA